GGGAAAAAUGAAUGGUGGAAAAACGAUUGGAACCAUUUCCCUGUUUGACCGAUAGGUUUUAUGGGUAUUAUGACACCUCCACUGUGGGGCUCUGUGAAGGAAUACAACAAUGAAGGUGCCUUGGCUAGUUGGCUUCAAAACAGCGUCCUCUGUUAGUAAUCUGUGUGUAUAUAUAUACAUCGUUGGGCGGAGCUCGAGACGAGGUACACUGUUUCUCAACAAGUGUUGUUGAGAAAGAGAGGAACAUUGGCGGCACGCUAUUGCAUACAUUGCUAUUUUUCCUAAUGGCAACGGAGGAAAAAGGGAAAUCGAUGCCGCAGGCUGUAUCAGCACUCGGCUCGUUGCCGACACCUCAGUGCUACAAUAACAACAACAAUAAUAAUAACAACAACAAUAACAAGCGAGGCAGCGAGGUAAGCGAGAAUACGACCACCUCGAGCGCUACCGAAUCAAGUGGACCGGAAACGCACAGCUUCGGGAACGGUUGCGGAGUCAAUCCAACAGUGGGAAAUAACGGGAAAUGGGUCCGUUUGAACGUCGGCGGUACCGUAUUCCUCACAACGCGGCAUACCCUACUCAAAGAACAGACUUCCUUUCUCUAUCGGCUCUGUCAACAAAAGGACUUGCAUUCGGACACGGAUGACACAGGGGCCUAUGUGAUAGACAGAGACCCCACCUACUUUGGCCCCAUCCUCAACUACCUGCGACACGGCAAACUAGUCUACAACAAGGAGUUGGCUGAAGAAGGUGUGUUGGAGGAGGCUGAGUUCUACAACAUCACUCCUCUGAUCAAACUGAUCAAGGAGCGGAUCCUGGAGCGGGACUGUAAAGUCACACAGCAGGUGCCUCCUAAACAUGUGUACCGGGUGUUGCAGUGCCAGGAGGAGGAGCUGACUCAGAUGGUUUCCACCAUGUCGGACGGCUGGAAGUUUGAGCAGGUCAGCGUACGCGCCUUCAGAAAGCCCCGCACUGGACUGCUCUGGACUAUGGUGAACAUUGGUUCGUCAUACAGCUAUGGGACAGAGGACCAGGCAGAGUUUCUUUGUGUGGUGUCCAAGGAGCUACACACACCUGGCUCAGGCCUGGGCACCAAACAGAGCCACAAGACCAAGACGGAAACAAAAACAGGAAACGCCCGUGCUCAGGUCUGUUCAACGCUGGUCCGACCAAUCAGACUCCAAGCUUCAAGAUUGCUUCGAUCACGUGGACUGGGAUAUGUUCCGGAUAGCCUCAGGCAACAUUGAUGUAUACGCAGACUCAUGAGCGAGUUUAUUAUCAAGUGCAUUGGUGAUGUUGUACCCACGGUGACUAUUAAAUCCUUCCCCAACCAGAAACUGUGGAUUGAUGGCAGCAUUUGCGAAAAACUGAAAGCGCGAACCACUGCUUUUAAUCAUGGCAAGGCGACAUGACUGAAUACAAACAGUGCAGCUAUUCCCUCCGCAAGGCAAUCAAACUAGCUAAGCGUCAGUAUAGAGAAUGUAGAAGUUGAUAAUAUAGUUGUAAAUAUGACGUGUAGCUCUAGUGAGGUACAGUUAUAGGUUAGCAUUUACAGUAG